AUGGCGACCACAACCUCCAACUUCUUUCCUCUGGCGACCGAAACCUAUUAUCCAGACUCUCCUGGAGACGCCAGUUCAUCUGGAAAUGGUGUCGAUACCGAGGCAGGAGCCUCUGGUGACAGCCCUGGGGCCGUCAACCUGUCCCGUGAAGCCAUGAUUGCUAUCAUCGUCGUCGUCUCUGUUGUUGGCGCCCUCGGAAUUGGCAUGGCCGUUCUCUUCUACGUUGCCAAGAAGCGAGAAUGGAAGAUCAGAGAGACCAUGCGCAAGUCCGCCAGAAAGGUCGUCACCGCUCUCACGCCGCGGAGGACCGAGUUCCCCAGAUCAGUCAAGGAGUCUUCGUCUCCGCCACGCAGCCACCGUGGACGGGCGAGGCUUGACGACGUUCCGCCUACGCCCAGACUCCGCCCGGAAGAUCUCGAAAAGGGCCUCAAGGAAGCAGAGUCGAAGCGCAAGUUGAUGAGGUGGGGCCGCAAGUAG